GGCUACUAUGCAUCCUCCAAGAGGGGAGGCUAUCAGGAGAGGAGGAGCCUGUGCACAAGGCUGGCACAGAGGAUGGGAGAGCGCCAGAGAAGGUGGAGAGAUAGAGAGAGAGAGAGACAUAGAGAUAGAGAGAGAGUAAGAGAGAGAGAAAGGAGGGAGGGAACUAGACCCAGAGUGAGGGAGAGACAGCGAGCGCGGCUGUCACUGACAGGCAAGCUCCUGCUGCUGUUCUUGAGGUGGAGCAUCACUACGCGCAGCUGUGGAGGGGGGAAUAGCUCGGCUACAUACUGAGCUUCCUCCCCGUAAACCCUCAUCCUCUUCUUCCUCAUCUUCCUCUUGUCUCGGCUUGGUUGCCGCACACCCGCACGUUGACUGGAUUGGCAAACAGUCCUGCUCAUCUGUUGCCGUGGCAAUGGGCUGCAGGCUGUCUGGGCCGUGGUAUGGGGAUGGAAUGGGGGUCAGCAGCCGGGACCUGAGCCACAUCCGCAAGAAGGAUGCCCUGCGCAUCCUGGCCCGCUACGAGCAGCCAAUCAUGUUGCAGAUUGAUGGGCGACAAGGCAGGAGCCUGCACUUGCACCGGACAUCCGACUGUAGCACGCAGACGGAGCGGCCCUGGGACCCCCUCAGGGGUCUGGGCUGUGGGGUGGCAUCCACAAUGCCCCGGAACCACCCCUAUCCAGACAGGCUCUACUACAACCACAUGAGUCUGCCUCGUGACCUGCGAGAGGGGGCCAGGUACGAAUACCUGCCUAACGCGCCACGAGACAUGGAGGACAUGCAGCGCCUUAACUACCAGGAUCCUCAGAUGCCCAGCAGAGUGCCCCCAGGACAUAACUGCUUAAUUGGCUGCUGCAACGCCAACCUGGAUGAGCCAAGCAGCUUCCAGAGCCAGACGGAGGACGAGGACUUUGUGCAAGAUAAGCAAGUGGGCUACCUGCCCCUGCACCACGAGCUGGACAGCGGCCUGGGCUGGACAGAUGGAAGCUUCCACCAGGGGGAGCUCUCGGGUGUAGAGACAGAGGAGGGCCUAGAGGAGUGCCACGCCCACAUGGGAGGCGGCGGAGGAGGCUCUCCUUCCUCCGAAUCGUUUAUCUCCUCCGAGCUGAGUGACUCUGGCUUCUACAGCGUCAGUACGGGGGAGUUCCUCCGUUUCCAGCGGCUUCUGGAGAAGCGCAUGCGCCUCUACAAUGCUCGUAUGCACCACCAGGGGGAGCUGUGCACGCGGGAGCGGCGCGACAGCCAGAAGGUCCACCGAGAACUAGAGGCCAUUCCAGAGGCUCUGACGGUCCAGCCCCAGAACCAUUUCGGGCCCACGGUGGACGGCCCAGCGGUCUGCCAACGUGGCCUGUUUCGGGUGUCGUCAGUGCAGUUCCGGAAGGCUGAGCGUCCAUGCCUGAACCGCCACAGCUCCAGCAGCGGCUCACUGUUAGACCCUCACGCCAGCCUGUCCACCUGCAGCACCCCAUCUGGGCAGCGAAGGCCAAUGCCGCCCCAGAGUGCAUCCGUGGGGACGCUGAGGAGGAGUCGGACCCUGCACCACCGACCCUCAUCCAUGGAGCCCCGGCGCCGUGCUAGCCACCCUUCAUCCCCCAACUACUGCAGCGCCACCCUACACCACUGUAGUGACAGUGGCCAGGGCAGCGGAGUCACUCCUGAGUUCCAGACGGAAAGAGAGCUGGUCCAAUCACAUCCUGCCGACUUCGCCAACGUUAUGCAGCCACAUGCGCGAAUGCCCCCCGCCCAGGAGCAUCACUACCCCACUCACAGAGAACUGUAUGGGGACCAUGGCCCCAAACCUCUGACCGACUACCGCCAAGAGAGCAGACCGGAUCAGAGCUACAUUGCUGAGCUUGCAGCAGCACGUGAGCGAGAGCGAGAACGAGAGAGAGAGAGAGAAAGGGAACGAGAGCGAGAGCGAGAGCGAGAAAGGGAACGAGAGCGAGAGAGGGAGACUGAAAGAGUGCGGGAACGCGAGCGGGUAGCACGCUUCCAUACCCUUGGCCACACCCCGUCCCAAUCCCAAGACAUCCACGAGACCUGGCCCAAGCCGGCCGUGCGGCAGGGGUCGGUUGGUGGCGGCGGGCUCUACAGCACACUGGAGGCCCACAUGCCUGAGCCCGGCUCGCGGAAAGCCUCGUCAGGGAACCCACGGGCGCUCCGGAACCAGCUCCUGCGAGACCGCGCCUCACGGCUAGCCGACGAGCGCGGUGGCAUGAGCACGGACGAGGAGAGCGAGGUGCGCACGGGCCGCUACUGGAGCCGCACAGAGCGCCGCGAGCACAUGAUCCAGAGGCAGCAGCAACAGCAUCAGCAUCAGCAGCAGCAUCAGCAGCAGCAGGCCCGCUUCGGAGGAGGGGCGGGGGCCACCUACGGCGGCGGAGGAGGAAGCAGCAGCGGGAGCGUCAAAGGUGGCGCCCUGGGAGAUGGACGCUGCAGCACUGUGCUGGAGCUCAGUCAGCGAAAGCUGAGUCGCCAGCACAACCGGAAGUUUCUGGAUGACUGGACCACGGUGGAGGAGUUGCUGUCGCAUGGCACGCGGCUGGGCAGCGGCGAGGAGAUCUUCUGCCCCAGCUCUCUGCUCACGGUCACCACUGUGUAGCACUUCUGAACACCUGUGAGAGUGAGUCUGUGUGUCUGAAUGUGUGUGUCUGUGUGUUCUGCCUGCACCAAAUAUGGCUACCUCUUGUCCUUGGAUUCAAAACACACUUGCAAAACACAGUGAUGACGAUGACGAUGAUAAUCAUGAUUUUGUUUAUUGCGAUCUAAAUGUUAAAUUUUAUGCUAGUGCUCGUUUUAGUUCUUGUUAGCGAGAUCAAUGCGAUUUCCGGAUUUGGAUUUUUGUUAACACUCGACAAUGAGGUGCAUUUUUACCAGAUGACUUAAGCAAUAAUGUGCUGCCAGGGUAUUUUAAAAGAAAAACUACAACUACACAUUCAAUCGUACUGCAGUACAUCUAAAACACCACCAAAUCAAUUUAAAUAUAUAUACAGCACUUUGAUCACUGUUGCACACUUUUAAUGGUGGUAGUACAAAAAUGUUUAAAUAAAAUCAUAUUGAUAUUUUACUUUAAAUUUAAUUCCAUCCCCAAAUGAAAAAACUUAAAAUAUACGUAUAGUCGUAGUUCCUCCUGGUCUUUUGUGGAAGGGACGCCAAAAGCUCUGACAUUAAUGUAAAGCAAGACCACCAUUGCUUCCUCUGAAUCACAAAAGAGACACCGGAUCCAUUUUUCCAUGCUGACUGGUGGACAAACCACUGACAGUAACUGGAGGGGCUGCAGCUGAUUCCUGAGCUAUAGCCUUAUGGAGGAAACUUGUGAGCAAGUGUGGCUAAUUGGAGCAGACUGAGCGCUUUAGUGGUUGUGUUCUGUCAGAGGUUUGCCUCUUUUUGUUCGUUUUUAGGAGAGUUUCAUGUAACUGUGUACAGUAGUUUGAAAAGGAACAAAAAAAAAAUAUUUUUCUCGUGCAACUCACAAUUGAUGUCAUGAUAACAAUGAAAACAAGUACUUUUCUAUCAUUUGUAAAAAAAAAAAAAAAAGAAAAAAAAAGACAAAGCAAAAGGAGUGAUACAACAAUUUAUUCUAUGAAAAUGAUUAAGUCCGAAGAAUAUACACUUAAGUUAGGUGACUGAAUUUGCUGUGGUACAGUAGUCCUUGUUUUACAUGUUUGCUCCUCCAGUAAGCUGCGUGCACUACUACGAGGCACUUCUUAUGAGACUUACCAGGGACACUUCUUACGGGGCCAACUUACACAUCUACUUAGUCAUAUUUAUUGCAACACAUUUGAAUUUACAACAUCUACAACAUUUGAUUAUUUGUUGCAUGUUGAUAUACCAAAUAUGAAAAAAAAAGAACAUGACUUUUGGUGCGAAAAUUAACUCUGUGAACUCUUGGAAGACUACCAUCUACCGAACCUGUUUUUUUUUUGUUUUGUUUUGUUUUUCUGACAGUAUUUCAUGAAUGGUAUGUUGAUGCAGUGGGUCUUUGGCGUUACUUCCUGCUACUGUUUACAUCAUUCACACUAUUUGUGGAACACGGGCACACCUUGUUGCACUAAGAGCACUUGCAAAAGACACAAUUUCUCACCUUCUACCAGAGUGGCUCUUAUGUUUUGUUCAGAGGCAGAGAAAGAGGGAGCAACAGACGUACGGAGACAGAGAAAGACAGAACACCGGAAACCCCCCCCCCCUUCCUCUUCUUUAGGUGCACGUCAUUUUCACAAUGACUCAAGUGUUGUGAAUAAUGGAUGAAAAAGAUGGGAUUUAGCAAUGCUUUGCGCACGGAUCAGAGGUGCCAAAAAUAGCCCCUUUCCCUCUUCCUCAGAAAAGCCCCCCCCCCCCCCCCCGCACUCCUUCAUCAGGCUCCAGGGCACAUCUUACUUAAAGUCAACCCCCACCCACCACCAGUCUAUGUCGAGCUAACAUUCUACAUCUCCAAUCUGUUCCGACUCUCUCUGCUCUUUUGUACCGGCUUGUGUAUCUCUUCUGAAACCAACUUCCCUUUUUUCUUGGGGUAUGAUGUACAUGUGGUUGUAAUAAAGGUGAGAUUUUAAUUAGCGACA